AUGACUUGUGAGAAAGUUAUUUUGGACCUCCAGACGCAGAAGGAGAGACCUUUAAACUCGCAGGAGGAAUACAAAUCUUCGCAUCGAGUCCAGAACAACCGAAUGAUGUUGGAUUUACGACAGAAAAUCCAGUGGCAGAGCCAAGUGAUCAAGGAUCUCAAAGCUCAACGUGAUCGUCUGACGAGGGAGCUCGAUUCUCGCCUCUUUUUCGUCGAAGCUCAGCUACAAAGAGAACAGAAGCAUAUAGAAGCCCUUUUGAGUGAAAAAGAUCAGUACAUUCAGUUCCAAUCUCUUCAGAUCCAGUCUCUUAAGUACAUUCUAUCGCAUAUAGAUUCAAAUGAACGUAAGUGUUGCCAUAAAGGACGAUCCGUGUCUUGUGGCAGAAGAUCAAAGGCAGUACCUCCUCCGGGCAAAAGAUACUCCGUUGCUUUGGAUGAGUACAUGAGAGAGAGUGGAGGCAUCAUCUCGAGGGCACAGCCUGUCGUGGUCCAAGUGGAGGCGGAUUGUGACAACAAAGCACAAUCCCACCAUUCACCCUGCUCCCGAACCAGGAGUCUCCCGGAACUGCGCUUCUGCAACGAACCAGAAUACGAAAACUUGGAUUUUGCAGCAAGACAGAUCUAUUGCUACGACUCUGUUUGCAGUUCCGAUCAUUUGUCACAAAAUGUCAUCGACGAACUGGCAGUCAGACGCUGGACAUCUGAUUGCGAUUCCGAAAAUUCGGAUUCUUUGGAUUCCGGGAUAUCGAGUCCGAGCAUCAAGUCACGAAACAUUCAUUUGAGCGAAGAAAAUUUCUCGUUCCCCAGUGACGUAAAUGUGGUGAAGGCCAACACGAUGACUCCUCGACGUAGUUCCACAAUCGGAAACUUCAUCAAUCGAACCUUUUCUUCGUCUUCUACUCAACUGGAGAAGAUCAAAGAUGCGGAACUUGUCCAUCAAGAAACAAUCAGCAGUGGGAGAAGACACAAUUCGUUUUCAGAAGUGAAGUCGUCCGAAAUGAAACAAAAAAUUGACACCGUGGUGAAGCAGCCCGAAGAGCACAAGUCAACCAAUCGUUUCAUCAGUUCUGCAAAUCGUAACUUCGGGACGAAUCAUCGGAAUGUUACGAAACCACGAGACAUCAAGUUCAGAAAACUGUUUAAAUUUCGCCGUCGAAAUGAAAUAGUCAAUCCAGAACCACCAAGUCCUGACGAUUACAUGACUGUGUGA